UUUGCAAUCAUGUCUAGCAGAGAUUCACAUCAAAUUAACCAUGUUGYAGUGCAUAACCAUGAUAUCCAAGCCACCAUUUCAGCAUGGCUAYAACUGCCCUAAGGCGAGKCUAUUGAAKAAYUCUUUGUAAUCCCGACGACAGUUGUAUCCAUGUAAAGACGGAUUGGGGAGGUUSUAUGGAAUGCCUGUAAGUAAAAGUCUCAUUCGGCCWUUAGCGGUUUGAAAUUUUGAAGUGACUGUAUCUUCUUCUAUGCCAUAUAUGCGCUCUGGCAAUACUGUUGAAAAUAGAUUUUGUGUACAUACAAGUAGAUCUUGUAUUGUCAGUUGACCUGAUUUAUCCUAUAUUUUCGAUAACUUAAGAGAUGGAUUGUUAUUUGUUUGACCUUUUAGUUAAUAGCUUGUCAAUUUUGUCAAGUUUUUUUUUCUGAGUUCCAUUCUAGUGCCGGCUUUGUUUYGGUUGUCGUGGUAAUAGGCUUUUCUACUGACGCGGUGGACUUCAAAAACACUCUUUUGUAAGUACAGGCCAUUAUACUUGACAUAGUGACUUCUGAAUGAUUAUUUUCCAAUCCCUAAUAACAGGAAUCACGCGCAGUUUAAGACUGACAMUGAUGGCGKCUGAAUUUUUAGUUUUUGCGGUCAUGUAGACUCGGUUUUUCUAAAAGAAUAAUAUCUAGUGUGUUUACACACGGUGCUCAGACAAUACUCGCGAGGAAGCAAAGUAGAAUCAAGUCCGAGGGGUCCAGCUGUCCGUCGGUAAUAUACUUCAGUUGAGAAGGCUUACACUUGCACGGAAUUGUUCGUGUCUCAGGUCUUGAUUGCGCAGAUUCGAAUCCUCGUAAAUCACAGAAAUUUAGUAAGAAAUGCCGUUGUUUAAAACUCGGAGUGCGAAAAUUGAACCGUUUAAUGGAACAAACGAACUUGAGACUAUAGAUGUUGAAAAUACACAUCCAAGAAUGGAACUUUUUGUCAAGGUGUCCUCGUCCAACUCGCACGACAGCGCUAAGCGACGAUUAGUAUUGUCUGAAAGAAUGGACGAUCCAGAAGAAGUCUGCGAACUAUCACCAUUGUCAUUGUACUUUAUUCAACAAGAAAAUCAUUUGGAUAUCUCAUCUAUUAAAGACCAACAAGUUUUUUUUAGAAGAUCAAUGGACUUCUGCCAAAAGGAUUUUCCCCCKCCACCAAAUUUUCAACCGACGAGGACAAACCACGCCGGUAAGGCUAUUAGAACUGAGUGCGAUGGCUCUUUUUAYGAUGAUGUUGCUUCWCCRGUUUGGAAAAARAACGAAACUAGUGUAUGCGUCGAUCGAAGUUUAUGCAAAGGAACAAGAUGGCUUCUUAARGAUGUCGACAAAACAGCGCAUCUCAAAUACAAACUCCGCUACAAACAGCUGAAUGCUAUCAAAAGUAAUGAUUUACACACUUGGACUUGCAGUCCGGAUCGUUUUUACAAUUAUAUAUCGAAAGUUAAACACGCUAGGAGCAAAAAUAUGAAUCUAACAAUCGAUACCGCAGAUGAAAGGCUUAAGCACUCGCUSCUCUCGAAUAGCAACGGUCGACGAGUACGGUUUCCAGCAGAUGUGCUUGUUUUUGCAUGCGUUCUGGAGAACCUUAGCGAGGAYCUGGAAUUAGUUCUUAGGUACUCGAAUGUGGAUUUGAAUGCGUACUUGAAUGCGAGAGAUUUAUCUCCGCUCCAUGUUGCCGCGCUGUUAGGAAAUACGGAAUGUAUACAAGUCCUUCUUCGCUAUGGUGCCAAUGUUCAUUGUUUAGACAACAGUGGCCAUUCACCGCUGUACAAAGCUUUUUCAGGGCACCAUUUUGAGUGUGCAGUUCUUUUGAUUGAGCACGGGGCUAAUAUCAAUCACUUCACAAGACAAAAAAUAAAAGAGGUCGAACGGUUGAAAAAAAAGUCGAAGUUAUACAAACGCGAUGAUCUUGAAGAUUGAACUUGUUUGUAUUUGGAGUACUCGAUUCCGUGAUGGCUGAAGAUUUUCCGGCGAUUUUUGUUUAUCAAACCAGAUGAUAGCAUUUUUUUAAUAACUUUGUGRCUCAGCCUUUUGUAACCGAUUAAAUAUGAACGAAGAAUUAGCGGUAGUCCACCAAAAUAUGCUAUAGAAAUCAUUUACUUUUUCGUUUAUUCGUCCGUAAAUCCCCAAAAUAGAUACUUAAGUUUCUAUGUUUUAAUGUCAUUUCCAAUUUUGUUUACAUUGAGUAUCCUCCUUUCGUUUGUAUUCAGCCAUGGAUAUGAUUAAACUAAUAAAACAAUUCAA